UCAAGUAUAAGUACAGAAAUUGCUUCCACAGCAAUUUAUAGAUAAAAUUAGUGAAGUUAUGGAAUAUAAAAUAAACAUGAAACAAUAAUGUAUAAGUCGAAUUGUUUUGAUUUGUAUUAUUUAAUAAGACACAAUAAGUUUCGUUCUCUUAGUUAAUUUAAUUUAGGCAAAAUAUAAUUUGUUGUUAUUUAUUGUUUCAACUGAGCCAUACCGAGACUCCGACGGUAAUCAAAACGGUCGCGUUGUUAGGCAUGUUUAUUUAGUUUAUCAUCUUUUGAGAAUAAGAUUUGUUGUAAUGUAAAUAAAAAAUAUUGUUUGCACGCGCAUGCGUUUUUAUCGAAAACAGACAAAGGUUUUGUGUGGUUUGAAAAUCAGCUGUGUGUGCGAUGACUUAGUGAUACCAAAAGUGUGUGUUAUUAAGCGACAAUGUUUAGUGAAAUUGGAUACAUAAUUUUCCUACUGCUCGCCUUUCCAUAUAUAGAAAGUGCGUCUCGACGGCUUAGCGAAUACGUAGAGCACUAUGAGUCGCUGGAAUAUGACGCGGGCGCUGUGCACACGCAGCACAAGCGCACGCGUCGCUCGAUUGACCCCCCGGACCUGCACAUUAGCUUCCACGCGCACGGGAAGCAUUUUAAUAUGCGUCUGCGGCGCGACCUCUCAGCGUUUAGUGAGGACUUUAAGGUGGAAGGGUCUCAGGGACAAAUUCAUGAAGUCGAAACAUCACACAUCUAUAAGGGCGAAGUGGUUGAUGAUCCACAGUCGACGGUGUUUGGCUCGGUGACCGAUGGUGUGUUCGAGGGCAAGAUUAUGUUGAACGACGGCGCUUACUACGUUGAGCACGCACGUCGCUAUUUCCCGCCUAACGGCACGCGUACCAGAGUCCAUUCCGUCAUAUACCGCGAAGGAGACGUGGUCGACCCCUACGCACACAGGAGGCAUGGUCACGUCGGCGGAUGCGGCGUGACAGAUGAAGUGGUGCAAUGGAUGGAGCGCAUACAAAACUCCGGAGUAGACGACGAACCACCAGCUUCUGUCAGCCCUCCACACACUCAUCACUCUUCCGCACCGAAUCCGCCUCAUCCGAAUAGCCUCAGGGACGAUUCGUCGAGGCACUGGGAUCUCCUUCACCAUAACAAAUAUUCGCGCGCCGCUAAUUCCGGUGAGCACACGCGUGCUCGGCGUGCGGCCCCUGACGAGAAGAUACGCAACAUGUGCUCCUUGUACAUACAGACCGACCCGCUGAUAUGGCGACACGUGAGAGAGGGCUUCCCGGAUCACCGAGAUCCGAAUAAGAAAAGCGAAGUCGACAUGAAGACUAGGGAAGAGAUUCUGUCCCUGAUAUCACACCACGUGACCGCAGUCAACUACAUAUACAGAGGUACAAAGUUUGACGGGCGUAAGGAACACCGCAAUAUACAGUUUGAGGUUCAAAGGAUAAAGAUCGACGACGACUCUUCCUGCAACACUCACCCGUUCGCGAGCGAAACGAACCAGUUCUGUUUGGAGAACAUCGACGUGUCUAACUUUCUGAACCUGCACUCGCUCGGGAACCAUGAAGACUUCUGUCUGGCGUACGUUUUCACGUACAGGGAUUUCACCGGAGGCACAUUAGGGUUGGCGUGGGUGGCGAGUGCGAGUGGCGCGUCGGGCGGCAUCUGCGAGAAGUACAAGACGUACACGGAGACGACGGGCGGCAUGUACCAGAGCACGAAGCGCUCGCUCAACACCGGCAUCAUCACCUUCGUCAACUACAACAGCCGCGUGCCGCCCAAAGUCAGCCAGCUCACGCUCGCGCACGAGAUCGGACACAACUUCGGCUCCCCGCACGAUUAUCCAUCGGAUUGUCGUCCGGGCGGACAACAGGGGAACUACAUAAUGUUCGCGUCGGCCACAUCCGGCGACCGUCCGAACAACAGCCGUUUCUCUGCGUGCUCCGUCGGGAACAUUAGCGCAGUUCUGGACGCGGUGCGCGACGGCCGCAAGCGGGACUGUCUCAAGGAGAACGCAGGCGCCUUCUGCGGGAACAAGAUCGUUGAAGUCGGAGAGGAAUGCGACUGCGGUUACAACGAUAAUGAAUGUAAUGAUCGAUGCUGCUAUCCUCGUCAGCUCAGUAACAGCGAUAUCGAAAGAAACAACUCGGCGAAGGGCUGCAAAAGGAGAGCCAAUACACAGUGCAGUCCAUCCCAGGGCCCGUGCUGCCAGUCGCAGACGUGCCAGUUCGUGUCGGCCGCCUACAACCAGACGUGUCGGGAGGCCACCGAGUGCAGUCACGCCUCCUUCUGCUCCGGCCGCUCUGCCGAGUGUCCCGAGCCGCGCGCUAUGGCGAACCACACCAAGUGCAAUAACGGCACGCAGCUGUGUAUCAAUGGCGAGUGCAGUGGCUCGAUAUGCCUCGCGUGGAACAUGAAAGAGUGCUUUCUAUCGUCGUCGCCAACGAAAAUCGGCGACGGAGUGACGGCGGUUGUGGAUCGAAGAGCACUUUGUCAGUUGGCGUGUCAAACCGGAGCCGAUCCGGAUUCGUGUAGAAGUACAGCGGAGUUUGCGCAGUCCGUCGGUUUGCCGCCUGGCGGAAUCAGUCUUAGGCCCGGGUCGCCCUGCGAUAACUUCCAGGGAUACUGUGAUGUAUUUCUCAAAUGCCGAGCAGUAGACGCCGAGGGUCCUCUAGUUAGGCUCAAGAAUCUCCUUCUCAAUCGAGCCACCCUACAAACGGUACAGGCGUGGGUCACCGAACAGUGGUGGGCCGUGCUACUCGGCGGAGUCGCUCUCAUCGUCUGUAUGGGUGCUUUCGUCAAAUGUUGCGCUGUUCACACGCCCUCCUCCAAUCCGAAGCGACCGCCGGCGAGCGUCCGCCCCGGCCGGGCCGAGCGGGCGGCGCGCGGAGCCGUACGCGAACGCGUACCCGCAGUCGUACGAGAUGCGCCCCGCGCAGAAAGUCUGACAGUACGAGGCAUGCGCGGCGGCGGGCGCGCAGCUGGAGCUGGUGACGCUGGCGCCGGGCGUGCCGCUCGGCGUGCCGCUGCUGCUGGGCUACGUGUGCCGGCCGCCGCCCGGCCCCGACCGGACCGUCACCGUCGCCUCGCAGACCACCAUCACGCUGCACUCGCCCGACACGCUCGCCGUCACGUACCACCCGACCGCGGACGAGUGAGACCCGUAGGUGCCCGCGACGCCGACCGACCGGGCCUGUCCCACCUUCGAGUUCCCGCGCGCUGCGAUUGUACAUUUGAAGUUUCGGGGCGUGUGAAGUGUGUGCGUCGGGAGGUGUGAGACUGCUACGAAUGCAACUAAAGCCGUAAUAUGACGCGGGAAUCGAAUGUUUUCCGUAUUCGUAAACCAUCGGGUUCAUAUUAUAUUUCAUACUGAAGCAGUGAGACAGGCCCUAUCGUAAAUUGCUCAAUCGAUGUUCCGCGAGCUCAACCUAACCGCAAGGUGUUCUAUAAAAUUAGCCAUUAUUUUUAUACGAGAUUAAUAGAGUAGGGCGCGAAGUUCCACCCAAUGGCGCUCGAAGGAACCGCUCCGACCGGACGUUUAUGUAUAUUUUUGUAUAUAAAUGACGACUAUAUAAAGGCUACAAUGUAAAAAUAUCAUGCAAAUACUUACUGUAAUCGUACCGAUGUUAGAAUAGAGAUAAUACGUAAGAUUGCUAAAUAAUUUUACCGAAUCUCCAUAAUUGUAAUUUUUAUAACAUGUUAUUUUAACGGUAUAUUAUAACGUAAGCGGAACGUAACGUAGGCGGUUGAGGUGCCAUUAAACCAAUUUAUAUUCCAAUUUUUUGUUCAAAAAUGCCUUUAAGAGCGUUUUUGAUUACGUUUACAUUUCAAAUUUCGUAUAGAAAGUGAUCCUUCUGUUAUACUUUGUGCACUUGAAAUUAUUUUCAACAGUAUUUCGUUUCUAUCAUUAAACAAUUAACGUAAGUGUUUUCCUUAGCACAAAAUUAAGUUUAAAUAUCCUAUAAGAGUUACUCAAUUACUGCUAAAACGUAUUUAGUCUUCCUAUGACGAUAUAAUUAUUUUUAUUUUAUAGAGUUAAUGUGAAAUUCGAACAGUAUUGCCAAAUGAUCAAAUGUUGCUAGACUGAAAAACUCCCAAACUAAUUGUUAUUGCAUUUGUCUGAUUUAAUCCGCGCUCAUUGCGCUAUUUGGCUCAAAUGUACUUUAAAGUGUAUGAUUUAUCAACGUGUAUCAAUUAGCAUAUCACACUAACACUCGUAGCGUCUGUCUAAAACUCUGUUGUAUAGUUCAGUUAAAUUGAUCUCUCAUAUAUAUAUAUAUAAUUUUUUUUUCAUAAUAUUUCGUAGUAUAAUUAUAAAUAAUCGUCGUGCAAGCCAAAGAGCAUGAUGUAUUUUACGAUCUAUACAUUAACGAUAAGAGUCAAUCUUUAUAAGAAUGCCAUUAUAUUAGAGAAUGUCGAAACAUUACACAAGCUCAUGUAACUUGUAAUAUAAAUAUUGUAUAUUUGUAUGUAAAUCAAGAGGGAUACGUUCCCGACGUAGAAUGACUCGACCAAUCGCCUGAGUGAGGGCUAGUAUUUCCAUCGUGUAGUUAUCAAUGGCAUUAUGUCUUCUAAGUAUAAGCUAGUUUACCUACAAUAGAAUAUUUAAAUGACAUUGUGAAUAUUUUUAAUUAAUGACAUGAAUGUUACAACAUGUGAUUUCAAAAUAACAAAAAUACAAUAAAUUUUACAAGAC